ACAGAAACAAAACAAAUCAAAACAGAAAGAUCAAAAUGAAUUCAUCAAGCAAAUGCUUUUUCUUUGCGGUCUUGUGUUUGCCGAUUCUCUUAAAUAUAAAUCUUGCAGAAGCUGAAGAUAGGAGUAAUCUAAUUCCUAUAGGUCCUUGCGCAAAGAUUUCGAAUUGCAAUCAGACUUGCAUUGCAUCACAAUUUAUAGGCGGAAAAUGCAUCAAAUGGUAUCCUGACUCCAUUAAAGAAACAUCUGCAUGCUUUGUAAAACCUUCUACAUCGCCUGUUAAAGAAAAUGAUUUAUAACUGUUAAGAAUUUUCGAUAAAAGUUUUUAAAAUGUUGCAAAAAAAUACUUUCAAUAAAUUUUUAUUAGUUUGUGGUAAUUCUAUUAA